AAUUGCUUUUUUUUAUUGUUAUUUGAUUCUGGUUUGUGCCGUCGGCAAAAGCUUCUCAAGUAGAGCUCUGUGGGCGAGAGACAAGUGAAGGAGUCGGCGCCGCCACAUGACCACAAUGCCACCGGAAAUGUCCACAACUACGGCAGCCGUUGGGGACACACCGGGCACCCUUACGAACUCGCCCUCGGCCACGCAGGCGCCGCGCUCCCGUUUCAUGAUCACCGAUAUAUUGGCUGGCAGCGCCGCUGCUGCAGCCGCUGCUGCUGCCGCCGCUGCUGCUGCUAUGGCGGCCGCCGCCGGACGCGGCUCGGCCAGCCCGUCCGAGGACUGUUACGCGCCGCCGCCUGUCCGUGAUCCACAGCAGCAACAGCAGCAGCAGCAGGCGCAGCAGACACAGCAGCAAGUCCAGCAGCAGGCAGCACUGCAGCAUUAUUUGGCCCAGCAGCAGCAGCUGCUGCGCUUCGAGCGCGAACGUGAACGCGAUCGUGAGCGGGAGCGGGAACGGGAACGGGAGCGGGAGCAAUAUCAUCAUGUGGCGCCGCUCUUAGCCCACUUUCCGCCCAGUCACUAUGCGGUGCUGCAACAGCAGCAGCAGCAUCCACACGCACAUCUACAUCCGCAUCCGCAUCAUCAUCAGCUGCAGUUGGAACGGGAGCGACUCGAGGCGUUGCAUCGUCACGGCGCCAAUGUCCCGCUUGGCGGGGCCGGCGGCCUUGUGGAUGGCCAAGAUGAGCGAUCGCGUUCGCCGCUUGUGCUGCAUACGCUGGGCGGCGGCAACAACAAUAACAACAGCAACAACAACAAUAACAACAACAAUAACAACAGCAGCAGCAGCAACAACAACAUCAGCAGCAGCAGCAACAACAACAGCGGGAACACAAGCAGCAUGCUGCUGGGCGGCACAGGCAGCAGCAUCAGCGGUGAUCAGGCGAGCACCAUCGAUGACAGCGACAGCGAUGACUGCGGCAAAGACGAUGACGGCGAGGAUAGCUUAAAGAAUGGCAGCAGCGGCGCCAACGGCGACUCCCACUUGGGCCUCAGCCUGAGCAAGAAGCAGCGAAAGGCGCGCACCGCCUUCACCGAUCAUCAGCUGCAGACGCUGGAGAAGUCCUUCGAGCGGCAGAAAUAUCUCAGCGUUCAGGAUCGCAUGGAGCUGGCCAACAAGCUGGAGCUAAGCGAUUGCCAGGUGAAGACCUGGUACCAGAAUCGCAGAACCAAGUGGAAGCGCCAAACCGCAGUGGGGCUAGAGCUGCUUGCUGAGGCUGGCAACUAUGCGGCCUUUCAGCGCCUUUAUGGCAGCGCCACGCCCUAUUUGAGCGCCUGGCCGUAUGCUGCAGCCGCUGCGGCCCAAACGCCACACGGCGCCCCGCCCUCGGCUAUCGAUAUAUACUAUCGCCAAGCGGCAGCUGCCGCUGCGCUGCAGAAGCCGGCGCUGCCCGCCACCUACAUGUAUCCCAGCCGCAUGCCUCCGGGCAUGGGGCUGCCGGGCAUGCCGCCGCCGCCGGGUGCCGCGCCCAUGCUGAGCGGCUACUAUGCACCGCCGCUGGCGCCGCGCGAGCGCUCGCCGGCCACCAGCCAGAGCGCCAACAGCGAGGCCGAGUACGAGCGCAGCAGCAGCAGUCGACAGCGCUUGCUAACGCCAAGUCCGCCUCUCAAUCCAGGCAGCCCGCCACCGCGUCGAGAUCAUGGCACGGCGGAGGAGGCGCCACUGGCGGCGGCAGCCAAGACGCCGCCGCUGGAGACGGAGCGCAGCGAUUCGACAGCGCUGCCAGCAGUCGAGGUCGAUGAGGACGAAGACGACGAGGAGCUAGCGCUCGAGGUGUGAGCACUUCGCCUCAGCGGCCGCAGCACCAAGGCUGGAUCUCAGACGGCGAUUACAACGGGACUUGUUGACACGCCCUUAGCACGUCUCACGUAAAUGUCUCGCAUUGAAACAAAUAUAAAAUAUAUUUAGC